GCCCCAGAUGCGCUUUCUGCCUUGCAGAGGCUCUGUUCACCCCUUUCCCUUCUACAGCCCACUAAGUACCCCUCCAACUCUUUACCAACCCCAUAGGCACCCCACUCCCCUCUUCUCCCCCCAAAUACUCCCCUGAGGUCUACCCCAGACUCCCACCCCAUAGAAGCCCCCAGCAAUCUCCUCACCAUUCCUAGACCCCCUUUCCUCCCUGUAGAGACCCCACUCCUUUUUUUUUUCUCCUCAAUCCUCCAUCCACUCCCAGACCUGCCCUUUCUGCCCUACAAAAACCCCUUUUCCCCCUUUCAACUCCUCAAGUUGCCCUCCACAAUAUUCCCCUCCACAAUGUACCCCUCCACCCCCAGACCCUCCUUUCCACUCACAGAAGCCUCUUUCUCCUCUUUUCCCCCUCACAAUCCCCUCUCCACCCCCAGGUCCCCUUUCCACAUCACAGGGCUUCUAGCCCACCACAAUCCCCCAGUUUCCCUCUUCCACCCUUUCUCCACCUCCAGACCCUCUUUCCAGCUCACAGAAGCCCCACUCACACCUUUCCCCCCGUAGAUUCCCCACAACCCCCUAUCCACCCCCAGACUUUCUUUCCACCUCUAGAAGCCUCGCUAGCCCCUUUUCUCCCUCCCGCAACCAGCCCUAUCCACCCCUGGAGUCAUGCAGAAGAAUCUGCAGAUGUCCUCGAGGGGUUUGGGGCAUGCGGGGGUGUUCCCAGGUGGGUCCAGGGGGAUCCAUGGGUUCUUCCUGAAGGGUCUGGAGAUGUCCCAGUGGGGUCUUGAUGUCCAGGGGGUCACCAGGAUGCUCCUGGGGAUCCCUUGAAGGAUCUGGAAACUCCGAGGAUGGGCCCAGGAGCUCUGAGGAGCCUCUAGGAUGAUCUGGAGAUGUCCCACCAGUAGCCCCAUGGCCCCAUAACCACUACAGCCUCAUCUCAUAGCCAUCCCAUAUCCUUAUCCCACACCUUUAUCCCAUCCCAUAUCCAUCGCAUCCACCCCAUAGCCAUCUCAAACCCAUCUCGUAUCCCUCCCUCCACACCUCGUCCCCAUCCCCCACCCCAUUCCCAUCCCCAAUCCAUGUCCCCACAGAUCCUCAUUGCAAACAGGGCUCCCCAGUGGCUGCGGGUCUGGCUGAUGGCAAAGUGCUGGGGCAGGUGGUGAUGCACCUUUCUCCAUCGCUGAGCUCACGUGGCCAUGAGUAGGCCCACUGCCUCGCUUAUUGCCUUGUCUGUUAAGCUUCUCUCCUGGCUACAGACGCUGCCAGUAAACACUAUUGCUUGUGUUACGUUGUCAUAGGCAAUAAAAUAAGCCUGUCCCAAAGACAUUGGUGUCUUUGUUCUCCCUGUUGAGCCCAUGGAUUGGCACAACAGCGUCAGCACGCGAUGGGCACGAAACUUGGACAUCAGCAACGGGACUUGAAAGGCCAGCAUCAGGAACGUCUCUUUUGGAGAGAGGCUGAGAGACUGGGGCUCGUUGAGCCCGGAGAGCAGAAGGCUCUGGGGAGACCACGUGGCUGCCUUUCAGCACACGGGGCCUCACAGAUCACCCAGUUCCAACCCCCUGCUGCGGCCAACAGCGAGAUCAGGCUCCAGGUCAGGUUGCGCAGGGUGCCAUCCAGCCUGGACCUGAACAUCCCUCAGGACGGGGUGCGCACAGCGUCUCUGGGCAGCUGUGCCAGCAGCUCACCAGCCUCAGCCUGUGUGACACAUGGCAGGUUCUCGUGCCGUUUGCCGAGUAAAGCACAGCAAUGGUCAAUAUUUCAACCUCACCUGGUGUGCAUGUGCCUGUGAAUGCACAGGUUUCUGUUUAUUAGGCAGACAGCUGCUCUUACCGAGCCAUUAAAGUUAGGCUUGCCUUCCUGCGUACCGUAAUUCAGUAAGCUGAGCGGAACUGCUCCUGGAAGAGGAGCUGCCCUCUCCGUGCCGGUGACCUAACAGAGCUCCAGGUGACACAGGCUGAUGUCACAAUGCCUAACAGAGCUCCAGGUGACACAGGCUGAUGUCACAAUGCCUAACAGAGCUCCAGGUGACACGGGCUGAUGUCACAAUGCCAUGCGCUGCAUCACAAGCAGAUCUUCCCCGGGGCAGUGGCAGGGCCGGCACUUCCCUGCAGGGCCUGGGCGCUGCUGCAGCACUGCUCAGGGGCUCUGUCCUUCUGCGACCAGGAGUUGAUUCCGGGGCAGCCAGGCUGCUCUGGGUGACCCUCACUGACGCGUGGAGGAGCAGGGGCGCUUUGCAGAGAAUUGUUGGUUGGUUGAGGAGCCUUGUUGGCGGAGGGCAUCCUUAGUUCUGAACUGAGGCUGUCGGCAAGCCGCAUGGAAGGCUGCUGGACUGUGAGCGUCAGCUCGGAGCUGGCCUACACGUUCCCAACGCUGCUGGAACUCUCUGCUGAAGGUAAGGCUGUCCGGACCCCCUUCCCAAGGCAUCGCGCGGGGCUGCUUGCUGUCCAAAGCCACAGCUCCUGCUCUCUGCGCUUGGCUGGACGUGGCUGGGGGCUGCUGCGAGAGCCCUGCCCAAGGGUCCCGCUGGGCUCUGGGGACCACGUGGCAGCCAGGUCCCGAGAGCAGAGCUGCCCAGAGCCCCCGCUUCCUUUAGGCAUGCUCGGUCCUCUGUGAUAGGGCAGUCCGAGGCCAGGUUUCCCUGGCAGACAGUGUUUCCGGAGGUUGCAGCUCUGGGAGGAAAGGCAUCCCGUGUCCCAGAGGCUUCCUAUGUCCCCGUUUCCCCUUGGGGCUCCGAAUAAGGCUGAAAUCGGAGCAAAGCCCAGCUCCGGUAGCCAUGGUGGUGCUUUUUUGGGGUGUGUGCAUGUGCCUGCACCGAUUGCUGUCUGUGUGAGGAGCUUGCCAAGCAGCUGUGAAGAGGCUGGCUUGGAGCCUGACUUGUCUUUUCUUUCCUUUGCAGAGAUUGGGGCAGUCUGGGACGCUGUGUCUGAUUACAUCCUGGAACAGAUGAAGCUGGACAAGGGAGUCCUGAUUCCGGGACUCGGGGUCUUUGCUGGGGUCCGAGAGCAAUUCCACAGCAAAGAAGAGGCGCUUUCGGUUCUAAGGCCUGUCUUCCAGCUGGACAUCGGGGUGCUGUGGCUGCAGGAACUCCAGUCUCCCAACGACAUCAUCCCUGACAAUGUCAAGAUUGAGCCACUCAACUACCGGCAGCUCUCGCGAGCCUCCGGCGUCCCACUGCACUUGGUGUCGCGCUGCGUGCGGGAGAGCGUGCUCCUGUACUGUCACCUCCUGAGGAGCAGGGAGCCCGUCUCGUUCGUGUUCAAGAACCUCGGCGUUAUGACCUGCCAAGACGGCUUCCUCCUCAUGAGGUUCUUCUGCAGCUGCAUUGAAACGCUGGAGAGCAAUGCCCCCGUCCUCGCACUGAUCCACACCAGAUUCUGGACGGACGAUUCUGCUGACUUCGGGCCAGAGACCGCUGCCUAUGGCAUCCGCGUGUUCCCGAGGUUUCAGCUCACUGUGGAAAAGAGCAGAGCAGAGGCCGCCGCAGAAAAAAAAGCUGCCAUACAGCGGAAGAUGAGUAAAGGGGUCUCUGCCGGCAGGCUGCUGCAGAGGCGGAAGACACUUCCCCCCUCCAUGCUGCUGCAGCGCAAGCCGAGCUCAAGGCAGCAAGAUGUGGCGAAGGAGCCUUCUGGCAGUGCGCUCCCGCCGUGUGCAGGCAGCUCCCGUGGGACAAAGAAAGCGGGACAGAAGGAAACAUCUGCUGCCCAGACCAGCGCUGCACUCCCUGCCACCGAGGAGUCUAAGAGAGUGCUGCAGGAGCUCCGCAAAGAGUCUGCCCUGUGGAAAGAAGCAGACCACACGUGGCCCAUGCACCAACAGCAAAUAGAGCGAGCACAGGCAGAAAUGGCGGCAUGGGAAGGCUGGAGCGCAGGGGAGGACCAGCAUCCGCCCCAGCUGCUGGCCAGGGAGAGAGUGCGUGUUCCGCAUCCUCCAGCCCAGCCCAGGAGACAGCAAGUGGGAAGGAGAUGGAGGAAGGACGAGGGUCUGCUGCCAGGAAGUAUAAUGGGGACGGCGACCAAGCUGACACUGCAUGCUGACCUCCUUUCCCCGCGAGCGGCUCAGGUGCUCCGAAGGUUGGAGCCGCACCUCCGUCAGCAAGAGGCUUUUGCCGGCACAGCGGAAAGAAACCGGCAGAAGCUGGAGCAGAAGCGGCACCUCCUCCGGGCUGAAUGCUCGCACGGCUCCAGAGGGGAAGGUGCAGCCAUCGGUGGUGACCGCGGUGGAGCUCUCGGCACGGGGGCUGGGAAGCCGUCCAGAUUUCCACCUGUGAAUGGAAGAUUGUAGAAAACCAAAGACUCGUAGAACGGCCUGGGUUGAAAAGGGUCUCGAAGAUCACCGCCACCGGGCUGCCCAGAGCCACAUCCAGCCUGCCCUCGGAUGCCCGCAGGGAUGGGGCGUCCCCCAGCUCUCAGCAAGCUGUUCCAGCACGUCACCACCCUCCAUGUGAAGAACGCCUGCUGACAUCUAACCAAAUUCUGCCCCCCUUUCACAGUUUAAAACCCUUCCCCCUUGUCCUGUCACCAUCCGGCCUUGUCAACGGCCGUUCCUCCUCUACUCUACAGCCUCCCUUCAAGAACUGGAAGGCCGCAGUGAGGUCUCCCCGGAGCCUUCUCCUCACCAAGCUAAACAAGCCUGGUUCCCUCCACCUUUCUCAACAGGAGAGGUGCUCCAGGCCUCUGAUCACCUUAGGGGCCCUCCUCUGCACUUCAUCCAAGAGCUCUGCGUCUUUCUUCUACCGGGGACCUCAGUUUUGGAUGCAGUAUUCCCAAUAAAAAUGAAUUGGCUUUAUUUCCA